AUGGAAACUCUCAACGUUGAUCAUGAAGAUACUAUUUCCUCAGAACAAGAACAUCGAGCACAUACCAAAUCCGACACCGACAUGCCUCCGAUCUCCGGCGGUAGAGACUUCAUUCGACAGUUUGCGGCUGAGUCAAAGAAGUUGUGGUGGCUCGCUGGUCCUGCGAUAUUCACAUCUUUCUGCCAAUACUCUCUUGGCGCCGUCACGCAGAUCCUCGCCGGACACGUCAACACGCUGGCUUUAGCUGCUGUCUCCAUACAGAACUCCGUCAUCUCCGGCUUCUCUGUCGGCAUUAUGCUUGGGAUGGGAAGUGCACUAGCGACGCUUUGUGGGCAAGCGUACGGAGCAGGGCAACUAGAGAUGAUGGGAAUAUAUCUUCAGAGGUCUUGGAUCAUCCUUAACUCUUGUGCCCUUCUUCUUUGUCUUUUUUACGUGUUUGCCACUCCACUGUUGAGUCUCCUCGGACAGUCUCCGGAGAUCUCUAAAGCAGCCGGGAAAUUCUCCCUCUGGAUGAUUCCUCAGCUCUUUGCUUACGCUGUUAACUUCGCCACCGCCAAGUUCUUGCAGGCACAAAGCAAAGUGAUUGCGAUGGCGGUUAUAGCAGCGACUGUGCUGUUACAGCACACUCUAUUGAGUUGGUUGCUGAUGCUGAAACUUAGAUGGGGAAUGGCCGGAGGAGCCGUUGUAUUGAAUAUGUCGUGGUGGUUAAUAGAUGUUACUCAAAUAGUUUAUAUUUGUGGUGGUUCUUCUGGCAGAGCUUGGUCAGGGCUCUCUUGGAUGGCGUUCAAGAAUCUCAGAGGCUUUGCAAGAUUGUCUCUUGCCUCUGCAGUCAUGGUUUGCCUAGAGGUUUGGUAUUUCAUGGCGUUGAUUCUGUUUGCGGGUUACCUCAAGAACCCUCAAGUCUCUGUAGCUGCUCUUUCGAUAUGCAUGAACAUAUUGGGAUGGCCGAUCAUGGUGGCCUUUGGCUUCAAUGCGGCUGUGAGUGUAAGAGAGUCGAAUGAGCUAGGAGCUGAACACCCAAGAAGAGCAAAGUUCUUAUUGAUAGUGGCUAUGAUAACUUCUGUAUCGAUCGGAAUUGUGAUAUCAGUGACUCUCAUUGUGUUGCGAGACAAGUAUCCAGCAAUGUUCUCAGAUGAUGAAGAAGUGAGAGUACUCGUGAAGCAGCUGACUCCGUUGCUGGCUCUCACCAUCGUCAUCAACAACAUUCAGCCUGUUCUUUCUGGUGUAGCUGUUGGAGCUGGAUGGCAAGGCAUUGUUGCAUAUGUGAACAUUGGGUGUUACUAUCUAUGUGGUAUACCAAUCGGUCUUGUGCUCGGCUACAAGAUGGAACUUGGAGUGAAGGGGAUAUGGACAGGAAUGCUAACGGGAACAGUAGUUCAAACAUCUGUUCUACUUUUCAUUAUCUAUAGAACCAACUGGAAGAAAGAGGCUUCAUUAGCAGAAGCUAGAAUAAAAAAAUGGGGAGACCAAUCAAACAAAAGAGAAGAGAUCGAUCUCUGUGAAGAAGAUGAAAACAAUUCAAAUGGUGAAAACAAUCACAGGAAAUGAUCAUUAAACAAGUCAUUGCAGAUUCGUAAUAAACAAAACAACCAUCCCAGAAGAAGAAUCAGUUAUUCCCAAAUUGAUCAAGCUAAGCUAAGACUUUGUUGUAAGAAUCUAAACACUAUUGUGACAUUGAGUUUGAGGUUUACCCAGACAUAAUCUUUGAAACCAGUGAACAUAACACGCAAUGAUCUUGAAGAACAUGACAACAUUGCAAAUGCAGAGAUGAAUCAGAUCACACAAAUAAUCCCAAAAUUUCCAAAUAAUACGAAGCAAAUUAUAUAAUCCAAUACCAUAGAUUAAAAGAUCUCUGAUUCCAAAAUCCAACAAAGCUGAGUUCAAUAACAUGAAAUAAAUUAAAAAGAGACUGAAUUGAAAAAAAAAACUAAGCAGUGAGAACAACAGCACCACCAGCUUCCUUAAUCUUCUUCUCAGCAGUCUUAGAGAUAAGCUUAGCCUUCACAACGAAAGGUUUGUUCUCAGGCAAAUGACCUUUCCCCAAAACCUUGAAGAAACCAUGCUGCGUCACAUCGAUCAACGGAACAUUAUCCUUGCUCGAUUUCGCCUUCACGUCUUCAGGAACAAGUGACCAUAGCUUGUCCAGGUUCACGAUUGGGCAAAAGAACUUGUUACGAAGCUUGUGGAAAUACCUCAUACCAACUUUCCCGAAGUAACCUGGAUGGUACUUGUCGAAGAGGAUCCUGUGGUGAUGCAUACCUCCUGCGUUUCCACGACCUCCGGGAUGCUUACGGUGCUUACCGAUACGUCCAUGUCCGGCGCUGACGUGACCUCUCUUCUUUCUGUUCUUCUUCAACGCCGUCGCCAUUUUAGUAUCAGAUCUAGGGUUUUGAACCAGAAAUGAUCUUAAAGGGUUUUUAUAUAGAGAGGAUUUAG